UCUCCAUCGCUAACGACGGACAAGCUGAUCCAAAUGUAAACAACAACAAAUACAUAAACAGUCUCGUCUAACAAACAGAAACACUUAUUACAAAAAACUAAAACAAGUCGACAGUUAUUUAUUUUGCUAAUAACUUACAGGAGAAAGCUACUUUUCAAGAAAUAAUAAAACAAACCACAUAGCAAUAUGUUUAGGAAGUCAAAACCUCAAGUAGCGCCACCACCUGCAGCACCCACAAUUGAAGAAAUGCUUGCCGAUCUUGAAACAUUUGAGAUUGCCCAACCAACAGCAAGUACAGGAAAUUUUGGUAACAGCGCCGCGUUUGAGCACGCACUGCUUACAGAACCCGAAAACUUGGCCCUGGAAACCUGGUGGCAGGUAUUUGACGAAUACGACCAAAAAGUCAGGAAACUGGAGGCGAUGGAAGGCACAUUGGACACACAAAAAGAAAAGUUACUAGCAUGUAAACAAAAUCUAGAAGAAAAGGCUAAUCAUUUGCGCUUAGGUAUUAAUAAGCAACAAAAAUUAAUAAAAGAAGUUGUUGAAUGUUAACCAAUUGUAAGGUAA